UGCAUGCAAGUUCAUCCUUCCCACCCCUCUCCUCUUCCUCCCUACUCCCAGAGAAGAGCUUCCAGCAAACGGAGCUGCUGCUCACACUGCUCUGUCCUGCACCUGCACCAAGGAGGCAGGAUGCAGCCUGGAUUCUUGCUGGCAGCCAGCACCCUGGCAGCAGUGCUGGGCAUGGCCCUGCUGGAGGACGGAGUGUGUAAGGCACCAGAUGGCAAGAAUGGCACCCCUGGAGUCCCUGGCCGUGAUGGGAGGCCAGGGCAGAAGGGUGACGUGGGAGAGCCAGGGAGAGCAGCGCUGACCAUGAGCAUCAGGGGACCCAAAGGGGAUGCAGGAGAUCCAGGGCUUCCUGGUGCUCCAGGCGUGCGUGGCCCACCUGGCGUGCCCGGCCCUCCGGGGAUGAGUGGGAUGCCAGGGCCGGCGGGGCCGAAAGGGAUCGCUGCCGAUGCUUUGGAGCACCCUCGUCCUGCCUUCUCCGCCUCCAGGCUGUCCCCGCCGCGCACAGGCACCACGGUGGUGUUUGACAGGAUCAUCACCAACGAGGAGAACUCCUACAGCCCCCAGACCGGGAAGUUCACCUGCCGCGUUCCCGGCCUCUACUACUUCGCCUUCCAGGUGGUGUCCAGCGGGGACCUGUGUCUGAGCAUCACCAAGAACGGGCUGGGUGUCGCCAGCUUCUGUGACAACAACAGCCACGGCAUCCUGCAGGUGAACUCGGGCAGCAGCGUGCUCAGCCUGGCCCUGGGUGACCAGGUGUCCCUGAACACCAACCCUGCCCGGGGCAGCUCCAUUUACAGCGGCUCCGAGGUCGACAGCGUCUUCAGUGGGUUCCUGGUGUCCCCAGCGGUGGCCUGAGGGACUCCUGCAGCAUCGUGGGGUGUGUGCCUGCCUGGCCGUUCCCCUCUGGGUGUGUGGGAUUCUUCAGUGCCACAGCACAUGGGGAUGGUUCCAAAUUGAGCAUCCAGAAGUGUUCUGUGCUUCCACCAAUGUCACAACUGGCCGAGCUGUGGGUCACCACUGCAGCACUCACCUCCAUGCUGAGCCUGACCACGCUGUCCUGGACACUGUGGGUCUCAUCCCUUUCUCCUCCUGGGCACUCAAGCUCCACUCCCAGUUGUCACCAGCUGUGGCUCUUUGGUGCUGAGUGGGAAAUCACUGCCUGCCACUGCUUCUGCUCCACUAACCACUGCAAAAGCCUUCCUGGCACUGGGACACAUCCUGUCAUCACCUCCCCAUGAGAAUAAAUAAAUGC